CCAACGAGAACGUUCAAAAGUGAAUUAUUUGUGUCUUGCAAUGUGUCUUUGACCAUCGGCAUUAAUUGAUGAAAUUAGUGUGGCAUGAACAUUUUAAAUAAUCAUUAUUAUUCAUGUUUUAAAAGCAAGAGCACUAAAUGAAGUGGGGAAAAUAUCCAAACCUACAGUAAAACUUUUAUAGAUGUCUUCAGACACUUGACAUUGAUCUUUGAGUUUAGCAAAGACACAGAGUAUGUGUGUUUAUUAUAGUGUAGCAGCACAGUCUGUGUGGCCCCAACCCAGUUUCGAUUCAGCACUGGUGUCUCACAUAUUCUCCUUGACGUAUCAGCCACAGGCAAAUUGGUUUCAGUUCACAACAAUCAUAUCAGUAUUUACUUUUGCCUGACUGGCUGCUGGUGCCUUAACGAUACAGAGCACAAACCCAAACAACAGUGUCAUCUAGUAUCGCUUAACACAGCCUGGCUGAGAAAUAGAACAGUAUUCAAUCUGUUAAUGUUAACUUUUUUUGCGAGUUGGACUUUUGCAAUUUAGACAGACAGCAAAAAUAAUAUUAGCAAAGAUCAUAUUUACAUAUUGUAUCUUGGCUGGUAAUGCCCGAUGCCAUUGUGUUCAGAUUUCCCAUCAUAAGGUUAUGACUCAACCAAGAUGUUGUAAACAGGUUACAUGAUUUUGUCAACCAUUACAAAAUAAUAAUAAUGUCAGGAAUUAAAGAAACAUGAAUGGCAGCUGAAGUUAUUCAGCUUUUUUAAAAGCCCCUAAAGAUUCAAACUUUGGGUAUUUAUUUAUUUAUAUCUGGAGAAACAAACAUCCUCAGGUAUUAUUGACUAAGGUUUUAAUACUCAAAAACUAGGCUAAUCUGCUGCAGACCUGUGUAGGUGUGGUUUGAUCAGAUUUGAUUGACAGCAGUACAGCAGCAUGGACAAACAACCUCACGAUCACCAUCAGAUUUUGACCUCAUUUACAGUCGUCAUUUGAAGUCACGUGUCUUGUAUCCGGAUUAAAUCUAGAUGCAAGUUAAUACACUUUUGUUUACAUCUAGCCACAUAUAUGCACCUCCGCUGGUCAGAUCACAAAUCUGAUUGUAAUCUGUCUUGUUUUCUCUGGCUGUGUGUAAAUCAGAGUCGGCCCUACUCCUGUCCACAGCGUGGUGGGACUGUAAUGCACCUGAAGCGGUUUGACAACUACCCAAAACACCUGGAAGAAAAGGUUGGCGGGAAUAAUCGCUGCAACGGGAAUGGACCAGUGGGCGACAGAAGACCUUUUUGACAACCCUGUGACAGCUGUGUACUCGUAUUCAGGCCUGUGGAGGUCCUGUGUCCGGCAGAGCUCCGGCUUCACAGAGUGCCGCCCUUAUUUCACCAUUCUGGGACUGCCAACCCUGCUCCAAGCUGUCCGGGCCUUGAUGAUUGUUGGUAUUAUUCUUGGAGCCAUUGGCUGUCUGAUCGCCAUAUUUGCACUGAAGUGCUUGAAAAUGGGGAACAUGGAGGACAACGUCAAAGCCACAAUGACUCUGACAGCUGGGAUCAUGGCUCUUCUUGCAGGUGUCUGUGGCAUUGCUGGUGUAUCGGCCUUUGCUAAUUUGAUCGUGCAAAGUUUUCGGUUCACGACUUUUACCGAAGGCGGAUUCAAUUCGUUUGGAGGAGGGGGCAUUGGUGGACUCUCAGGAGGUCUGACUCCAAGGUACACGUUUGGUCCCGCACUCUUCGUGGGUUGGAUCGGUGGAGCUAUCCUAUUCAUUGGAGGCAUCAUGAUGUGUUUGGCAUGCCGUGGAAUGACUCCAGAGAAAAAUCAACGGUAUGAUGGGAUGGCCUAUAAAGCCGCCUCUCAACACACCAUCUACAGGACUGACAACAGACCUCGGCCAGCUUACAAUGAUUCCUACAAGGCUCAGAGUAUGGACGGAAGGCAGUCGAAUCAGAGAUUUGACUAUGUGUAGAAUAAUUUCACUCUCACAAAUACCUCUCUUUUAUAUUCUACAGCUCUGUGAUGGUGCAUGAGUUUUGCUCUUGUUUUUUCCUGAAUUCAUGGGAAGUGUGGUUAUUUUUUAUUUCUCUGUACCUAAAAUUGGCAGAAAUGCUAAACAUUUAAGGCGUAUUUUUCAAAUAUAUUUUUCAGUAGCAUCAUAUAAUCAUAAUCAUCAAAUGCUGUUUUAUGAUUCACGUUGUAUUAUUUUGUCUUAUUGUGUCAAAUUAAAAAAAAUGGAAUGCU